UUUUUUGUUAGUAAACAAAUGCACGUGUAUUUUUCUUAAUGUUCUUGAUUCCUGUUGAAUUUUUAUUGAAAAUAUCGUCCACCAUCCGUUGAAAUGCCGGAUAAAAUCAAUAUAUACGAUGUAGGCGAUCGGUACGAUCCAUCCGAAUCCGACGGCGAGUACGAUGAACGCGAGCAGAAGUUGCUGAAUAAAAUUCGCGACCGGAAAGGAGCUGGCAAAUUUGGAACCGGUGCUGACAGUGGCGAGGAGGAAGUUCUUGGUUUCGACGACGAGGAUGAUGACUACGAUGACGAUGAAGAGCACGAUUUCGACGAGAUUCGUAAGUUCGAGCACGACAGCGACAUCGAGGAUAAGGAGGACGACGAUGAUCUGCCGGAUCGAAAGGCGUGGGGUUCGAAGGCAAGGGAUUUCUACGGAGCGGAUUAUGUCGACCAGGAUUACGACAGUUUGACUGCUCAGGAGGAGGAAAGGGCUCGCUUGGAAGAGAUUGAAGCGAGAGAGAUUCAGCAACGAUUGGCUAAAGAACUAAACGAGGCGGAUUUUUCGUUGGAUAUUUUUGUUCCGGAGCAAGAGGCAGAGGUUAAACGGAGUAAGAAGAAAAAGAAAGAGGGAGUGGAAAUUAAGCUGACGACGGAUUUGUCCGAUUUGAGCGAACGACAGAAGAGGGAACUAUUUCGAAAGGAAGCACCGGAAUUUGAUGGGUUGGUGGAGGAUUUCGAAAAGAAUUUGCAGGAAUGUCACGAAGUUCUGGAACCAGUGUUGGAAUAUCUCAAGGAAAAACAGAUUGUUGAUCAUCCGUUUGUGAAGCUACUGAAGGCACGAUACGACCUAAGUCUGAGUUACUGUAACAAUAUUAGCUUCUAUUUGCUACUGAAAUCAAAAAGGAUUAAAAUCCAAAAUCAUCCAGUUGUCAAACGGUUGGUCCAAAUGAAGCAGCUUUUGGUGGAACUUUACCAGAAGUACGAGAACUCGAUAAAACCGCAGGUUGAGUCUAUUUUAAAGCACAUUGCCUCCGGUACAGAAUUGAUGUUUGAUGAGCAGUUGGAUGAAGAAAAGCCGGAGCAGCCAAGAAAGAAGCUGGCGAUGUUGGAAAGAAUGGAAAAAUCGGAUGAAUCGUCGGAAGACGACGAUGUUAAUUCAGUUCUAUCGGAGCUGGAGGAUGAUAGCGAACCAACAGCAAAGAAGGUGCGACUUGAUAGCUCUUCCGAGGAGAACGGUGAUGUCCAGGAAGCUGAUGCAGAUGAAGGUGAAGUAGUCGAAGGCAAACGCAAGAUUACGUAUCAAAUGGCCAAGAAUAAGGGCCUCACACCGCACAAAAAGAAAGAUCAACGCAACAUUCGGGUUAAAAAUCGUCGCAAAUUCCAAAAGGCACUGGUUCGCCGGAAAGGAACUAUCCGUCCGGUUCGAACCGAAACGACUCGGUACGGUGGUGAAGCGACUGGAAUCAAGACUUUCGUCAGAAGAAGUGUUAAACUUAAAUAACUGUUUUGGUAAGUUGUUACUUUAUUAUUACUUCUCAAGUAAUGAAUUGUGUCUUAACCAGAACAAUAUAAACAAUCGUAAGAUUGACGAAACACGUAUUUAGAAAAAGC